ACGUAGAAGUUAGAGGUGUCGCUCUGUAAAAUGUCGCAGUUACAGCAGCUCAGGGUGUUUGUGAACGAGCGUCUGAAGGCGGCAGCAGAGGAGAUCUUCGGCGCGGUGGAGAGAACACUGUCAGAGCUCCAGAGGGACGUUUCCGUGUCGCAGCGGGACAAAGAGAGCGAGCUGCUAACGCGAGCUGAGAGAGAGCAGCGGAGGGAGGCGGAGUUCAGCGCAGACUCUCGGGAGGGCAGCAGGUCGGGAGCAGAGGCCUCCAGCUCCACGCGGCCCCCACUCACUGAGGAGCGUCAGGAGCACUGGCCCACACAGGACCUGUUAGAGGAUGCUGUUGUUUGUUUGAAGCAUGAACAGAACACUGAGACAUCGUCCUCCAGUCAGACUCAGACUGUGGCCAGCGGAGAGGGAGAUCUUCCUCCUGGCACCUCGACGGAGUGGAUGAGAGCAGAGGAGGAGGCAGAGGGCUGCAGGGGGGCGGACUGCUGGCAGCCUGUCUCCUCAGAUAGCGGGGACGGCGCUGAUGGCAGUGAUGCUGAAUGGACGGAGAGCGGAGAGUCCAACUCAAACACAAAGACAAAGAAGUCAAAGAGGAAAAGACAAAACAGUCCCAACCUGAAAAAUAAGCAAAGCUCAAACCAGAGACCUCUGUGUUGUAAGCUGUGUGGAGAAUCCUUCCACUACAGGAGUUCAUUACUGAGGCAUGCCAAGUCACAUGCUAACAGCACGGCCAUUAUCUGCCCUCCGAACCAUGCAGCGUCUGCAGAAAGUGGGACUGAACCCUCAGAGACUCACAGGGAGGACAAUCUGUGUUACAUCUGUGGCAAAACCUUCACCACAAGGUCCCACUUGAAAAGACACCUGCUGGUUCACACGGGUCAGAAACCACACCACUGCGAGGAGUGUGGCAGGAGGUUUGCACGAGGGGAGUGCCUGAGGAUCCACAUGAGGAUCCACACGGUGGAGAAGCCGUACACCUGUGAGGUGUGUGGCAAAGGAUUCAAACAGAGGAGCAACAUGAUCUGUCACAUAAGGACUCACACAGGAGAGAAACCACACCGCUGUGGCAUCUGCUCCAGAACGUUUGCUUAUAAGAAGGACAUGAUGAGGCACAUGCAAGGCCACGCCAAGAUGUGACAUCCAUCACUAGGUUUCAGCCAUGUUAAUAUCAGUGAUGUGCUCCAGGGUCAACUUUGAUUUUUGGUUUAUUUUUCCUUUUCUGUUAGACUUGGGUUGAUUUCCGAGGUUUAACAAAAAGUUUAUGUGUUUUUUAGGUUGACAAGGUAGGUAGGAGACAUGGUAGAAUAAGGCCAAAAUUAGACGAUAACGGCCCUGUUAUAUACAGAAAAAUCUUUGCUUUUUUAAAAAAAAUUCAUAUGAUAACUUUGUGAAAACGAUCCUCAUGAACAUGGAUCCACAAAAACACUGUAUUGUGAUGUCAGGCCAGUAGUUGACUGUGUUACUCUGUAAUGAGACACCAUAGAAGAACACUGUGCACAUAAGCAAAGUGCAGUCUUGACGUCACCAUUCUCACAGGAUCUGCGCUCUGACACUUCACACAGCAACGAACACACGAAAAAAUUGUACUCUGGAACCUGGCUUCACAAGUUUGCGUCUUUAGGCUCCCUAAACACAGCUGUCGUGUGAACGAAAGGCAAAACUGCAACAAAAGUUUAAUGUUUCAUUCAAGAACCAUUGCCAUGUAAAAGGCUCCAAAGAAAAUGUAAACUGUGCAACGCUGAAGACAGAGGCGUUAUAGUGGUCAUGUACAGGUGGUCUUUGGAUGCUCGAGGUAUACUGUGUUUGUUUCAUCUUGUGCAGGGCUGCAGGCAUGGAUGAAGUGAAUUCUCAAUCAAAAAAUAAAAAGUAUAAAAUGUAAGACCCCUUCAGAAAUAAUCAACACACUGAGGAUGUGUUGAUUUGUUGUAAAUCCUGCUACAUCUUUUGUUGUCUAAGGAGGAGCUGAGGAGUCUCACAGC